AGACGAAGAAAAAAUUGGUUGAUGAUUUCAUGGCUUUCAUUGGAGCAAAUGAGAACAACGAUAAUGCCCAGAAUUUUGAUGAAAAAGCAAUGAUGAAAGCUAUUGAAACUAUGAUGACCGGUUACGGCGGCGACAAUGGAGGAUUUGCCAGCGGCUACGGAGACAGUAAUGAUCUCGGAAUCGAUCUGGGUCUUGAAGGAAAAACUACGAUCGAUGGAAGUAUUGCUCUGGUGAACAAAGUUGGCAGUUGUGACGGCGAUAAUGGAGGAUUUUCCGGCAACCAAGGGGAGAUUAAUAAUGCCCUUGAGAACGCUCAGAAGCUUGGUAAGGAAGCUACGAAGACCGCUGCUGAUGGAACAAACGGUGACGGCGAUGAAGGCAGCAACGCUGGUGGUUAUGGUAGCAGUUACAAUGGGAAACGCCGCAAGUAGGAUGAUGGUGGGCCCCAUUAAUUACAUUUAUAUGGAAAGAUUUACGAACUACGGUAUAUUUUCAAGUUGAUGUCCUGUCGUGUUCUGCAAUAUUUGGAUUAAAUAUUUUGUCGAUUAAAGUACUAAUAAGUUGCUGCUGAGUGGUAUUGGAGUUGAUUUUAACGUUGAAAAUU